AUGGGCCCCUCAGACCAUGGCCUUGAGCACCCGAAGAAGCGGCGCAGGCGCGAGGUUGAGCGACGCCCUCUCGCUGCUCGCCUCGUCUUCGAUGACACUGUCAAGGGAAAUGCUGCUAUUGUUCCCCAGAGUCUCUGGUCCAGGCUCGGUAGUGCUGAGGCAUCUACAGACACUGCCUCAGAGGGCCGUCCGGCCUUCCUGGCCAUUACUCCUUGGUCGCCCCUACACAUAGAGAUACAAGAGUCCACAUGGACACUCCUCACUGCGCAGCUGCAGCUGUCGCCUGUCUCGACAGACGCUCCCCAGCAACUCGAAACCAUCAGGAUUUCUCCAUCAGCCUCCGCCUGCCAAUCCAUCCUGAAGACCUAUACCAUCAUUGAUAGAGACCGACAUCCGGGUCAUGUGCCUAAGUCGAUCGACAUCCGGGUUUUAUCCUCAAAGCCAUUGAGUCUGGACACAGUCUAUGUCUCCGUUGAGAAGGGUCUACUCGAGAAAGUGGAUGACAUUCAAACCCGCUUCGGUGGAGGCUUCCAAUCAACCAAAAACCCCCGCGCAGACAAAAGGACAGCCACGAUGAAUGGUGUUCUUCCAAACAUUCCUCCACACAUCCACCGUAUGACUUCGUUGGUCCGAGAAGGCCUCGCACUGCUCCCUAUUGUUCACUCGGGCGAUGUAUUCCCAUUACCGCUCCCAGCGCACCCUAUCACCCAUGUGAGACCGCCUCCUGCAAUUGUUAUUGAGUGCGAGCCAGUAUCGCAGGGUCAAAUAUCGGCCCAUACCAAAAUUGUCCUGAUCCAGACCGGCUCCUCACAAGAAAAGGCUUUGAAAAAGCUCACGCCUGUUCAGCCCAUAAUCGAGGAAUCUUUGGAAGACACUGCCGAGGAUACGUCUAACGACCAAUUUUUCUCGGCUGCAGAAGACCGCCAUACAAGCCCUGGUUCUGAAGAAGACGGUGGCUCCGAUGAAGAUUCGGCCAGCGACGACUCGGGCCAUUCUGAGAGCGACGAGGAUUCUGACUCUAUGGAUGAUAUGAUCUCGCUGAGUGCCCCUGGACUCCCACCACAACAAGCUGGUACUUUGUCCGCAAUGACGGCGGCAACUCCGAGACCGGGCGGGAAAAGAGCGACCGGAACGCAUACUCCAGGAUCUUUGUAUUCGAGCUUCACAUCUACAACUACCCGAGCAGGCAGUCGGCCAGGCAAGGUCUUCAGGACCCAAGCAUUACUUCGAAAAGUCCCAACAGAGCUGCUGCACCCACGACCGAGCAGCGAGGAUGACGAGGAGGCUUUUGUCUUCAUUGAUACAAGCACUUUGGCCAAGAUUGGCUGUUUUUCCGGUGACUGGGUGCGCAUCGAAAUCGCUAAAAAUGUGAGCUCCCAUGGCUUUCCCUCCUUGGGCUUGAGGUCCUUAGCUGGGCUACCUGACGACGAGGACUCGGAUUGGCGAGCAGUCAAAGUAUUUGGAUUAUCUGGAUUGUCGAAUCAGAGUCCUCGGUAUGCAGUGGAUAAGACAGGUGAGAGGCGUUCAAGCUUUUCUCAGCGCGACCUCGUGGCACCCGCGUCGCCAACCGUAUUCCUCUCGCCCAUCCUGCUUGCCAAUGUAUCGAAUGCUCAAUUUCUCAAGAUCGGAGCGCUGCCUACACCUCCUCGGCAUGAUCCAAAGGUGUCGCACGUCCCUCGACCCGCGACAAUAAAGUCGCCUCCAAUUGCGAAAGAAGUUAUCUUUUCGAAGAUUGCAGAUCCGACAACAACGAACCCUGCGCUGCAGUCUACUCUCUUCUCCGCGCUGAAAUACUAUCUAGAAAGUAAGAAACGCGUACUGAAGAAAGGGGAUCUUGUUGGGCUCCCCGUUGAUCAAGAAUUGGGCAAUGCUAUGUUCUCUCAAGGGUCGAUGGACGAGAAUGUAGGUGAAGAUGAGACGAUUACAAAGCUGAAUAUACCGGGCACCACGGACAGCCGAAGAUUCAGUACGGCCUGGUUUUCGGUCCAGCACAUCGAUGUUGAUCAGCCUCAUGAUCAUGACCCUGAGCACAACAAUUGGGGAGGUGUUGCUGUAUUGGACAGUUCACAAGCAAGGGUAUCGCAAAGUGGUAGUAGUGUACACUCUAUCUCUCAUGCCAUCGAGAUCUGGAGCCAGUAUUGGUUUGGUGUUCGCAAAUUAUCGUUACAGACCUUCAAUAGGGUGGAACACAUCACAUCGGCAGCCGAUCUUCCACCACUUGACAAACUACCUCUCGAGAAGCGACUUUCUGGCUUGAUCCAAGCCGCCACCAGUAACAGGGCUGCUAGUCUUGGUCUGCCACCACUCGUCAUCUUGCUGUAUUCAACUCAGCGACAGAUUGGAAAGUCAUAUAUAGCUCAUUCUGCCUGCUCCUCCAUUGGAGUUCACACCUUCCCUAUAUCUGCUCAUGAUCUCCUGUCCGAGAACGCUUCGACAACCGGCGGUGGGGACGUCAAGACCGAAGCCUUAUUGAAAACACGAGCAGAGCGUGCUUUAUCAGGUGGAGCACAGCACACAGCACUUCUGAUUCAGCAUAUCGAUGCACUGACGGCAGACAGAAUGGUACCUGUGCUGCAAGAAAUUAUAUCAUCAUCUCGAGUCAUAUUUGCUACCACCACGAAACUCGACGAGAUUCCAGCUGGCAUACGGAGUCUAUUCUCCCACGAACUCGAGGUUGCGGCCCCAGACGAGAACGCCCGUGAACUAAUCCUCCGGAAUGCAUGUAUAUCCUCGCCAGUACCUCUCUCGCCAACUAUAAAUCUGAAGUCAAUUGCGCUCCAAACAGCUGCCCUAGUUGCGGGUGAUCUCCUCGAUGUUGUCAACCGCGCAUCGUUAGCAAGAACUUCUCGUCUUCUGUCUUUGGCAGAAGCCCAGUCUUGUAGGCUCUCUGAUAUUUAUGUAUCUGGUGGCCAGUCAGCUACCCAUCUUCUGCUCACCGAUAUUAACCAUGCUAUCGCCGCUGCAAGAUCGACUUUCUCUGAUGCCAUUGGUGCUCCCAAGAUUCCCACAGUCACAUGGCAAGAUGUCGGUGGGCUUUCAUCACAGAAGGAUGCCAUCAUGGAAACCAUCUCAUUACCUCUGACCCACCCCGAACUUUUCGCAAAUGGAAUUCGAAAGCGCUCUGGUAUCUUGUUCUACGGCCCGCCUGGGACAGGAAAGACAUUGCUGGCGAAGGCCAUUGCUACAGAAUUCAGUCUCAAUUUCUUCAGUGUCAAAGGGCCUGAGUUACUGAACAUGUACAUUGGUGAGUCCGAGGCCAACGUGCGCCGGGUUUUCCAACGUGCAAGAGAUGCGCGUCCUUGCGUCGUGUUCUUUGACGAGUUGGAUUCAGUAGCCCCAAAACGUGGCAACCAAGGCGACAGUGGCGGUGUCAUGGAUCGAAUUGUUUCUCAACUACUAGCAGAACUGGAUGGCAUGUCCGGCGGAGGAAGCAAUGAAGAUUCCGAUGGCGGCUCAUCAAAUGGUGGAGGCGUCUUCGUGAUAGGUGCUACCAACAGGCCGGAUUUGUUAGACCCAGCUUUACUCCGCCCAGGGCGUUUUGACAAGAUGCUCUAUUUGGGCGUGGCAGACUCUCAUGACCAACAAGUUACGAUCAUGAAGGCUCUCACGCGCAAUUUCACUCUCGAUUCGAGCGUGGACCUCGACCGGGUAGCUAGCCGUCUACCAUUCACCUACACAGGUGCGGACUUGUAUGCACUCUGCAGUGACGCAAUGCUGAAAGCAAUUACCCGCAAGACCCAGUCUGUCGACGAGAAAGUUCAACGAAUCAGCCGAGAGCGGGCGGAAGAGAUCAGCACGGCCUAUUUCUUCGAUCAUCUCGCUACGGAGGACGAUGUACAGGUUGUCGUAUCCGAAGAAGACUUUGCAGCGGCACAGGACGAGCUAGUUGGCAGUGUUAGCAAGAAGGAACUAGAGCAUUUUGAACGGAUAAGAAAUAUGUUUGAGGAGCAGGACAUCACAGUUGGCCCGAAGGAUGGUGCCAAUGCCGGUGGGAGGAAGGCUGAGGAAGCGAAAUUGGCCAUACGGCCAUCUCCACCCGCUCCCCUGCCGCGAGUUAUUUCAGUGGACUCGGCUCAACCACAGUCUCAGUCCGAUCUUGCGUUUCAGCCUCCCCAACUACACCCUACUGAACAGAUCAAAGGAAAAGGGAAGCAAAAAGCAGGGAGUGUCACCAACCCAUCUGUUAAUCCUGCGUUUGCUCGUAAAGCGAUCCCUCGGAUUGGAAAUCCCGACUCAGGGGGUUCGUCCGAUGCAGACGAUGACUACGGCGUGAGCAUGCACCAUCUAAACGGAAACGCCGUUAAUGGUGUCAGCUCGGAAAAGGGCAAGGGUAAAGGCAAAGCAAAAGCGAUAUCCCCUUUCCCUGAUACUACAACAAAUCCGCUGGUAGAUGGCUUUGUGGACGAUAUUGGGCAGAAUGAUGAAGGGCUGUACGACGAUUAA